AUGGCGCACAACCUUACUGACGCUGAGCUCGAUCGAGACUGGGUUCCCAAUGGCCGUCGCCCACAAUCUACUAUUGCCCGCUCCUUCUCUGCUGAGCUGAUGGACAUCUUCCGCAUUGAAAACAGUGUUGCCGACCUGGACGAGAAAAUCGACCAACGAAAGCAAACCGUCCAGAGCCAGACCAACGAGCUCGAAGCUCUUGAGCGCCGCAUUCGGGAGAUGGAGGAGCGUUUGAAGAGCAAUGGCUCCAACCAGAAACCUGCCGACCGGCAGGCUACUCAAGCCGCGGUCGCCGCCUUGUCCAAGGAGGCGGAGAAGGUUCGGUCACGACCAGGUACGGCCCGCCAAAACCAGCCUCAUGCGCCGUCGUCGGCGAACAUGCCGCCUACACCCACUGCCAGCGAAGGUGAAUACGACUUCGUCGGCAAGGAUGACCUUGACGACAGCCCUCCCCGAUACUGA